GCCCGCCCUUCCCGCCGGCGGAAGCGGGAGUGACGGCAGCGCCGGCGACGGCAAGAUGGCGGCGCCCAGCCUGCUGCGCGGCGGGUUGAGGCGGUUGUUCACUGGGCUUUUCGGAAACGGUUGGGCCUCGCCGCCGACCCGAGCCCUCCGGGAGGUCGUGGAGGUGACCGAAGGCAGCACGACCACAAUUGAAGGGAGAAUUAUAGAGGAUGCUGAAACACCAACUCCUCCAAACCCCUCUGGCCAGUGUCCCAUCUGUCGCUGGAACCUGAAGCAUAAGUACAGUUAUGUGGACGUCUUGCUGCUGAGUCAGUUUAUCCGCUCUGAUGGAGGGAUGCUGCCACGAAGGAUUACAGGCCUCUGUUUGGAGGAACACAAGAAAAUGGUUGUCUGUGUGCAGAUGGCUCACCGUGCAGGUUUGUUGCCAAACCACAGGCCUCCACUUCCUGAAGGGCAUAUUUCCAAGAAACCCAAGCUCAACAGGUAUCUGACCCGCUGGUCCAUCAAAUCUGCAAAGCCCAUCUGGAAGAGGGGCCCUAAGUGGUGCAAAAAGCCCAUGCCAGUUGGACACCCUUUGCUGAAGGAUAAUGUCAAAUAUACACACAAGCCUCUCUAUUUAAACCAUUAGUGGCCAGAACUGGCACACUCAGUAAGCACAGCUGUUUUCCACUGUUCUGCUUUUUUCGCAAGUUUGUCGGUAUGUCCAAUUUUCUUAUUCCAAAACUGUCAUUAGUACUCUAUAGUACUAUAUAGUACUAUAGUCUCAUAUUGUACUACAGUACAAUAUAGUCUCCAGUGAAUGAGCUGCUCCUCUAGGAGAAUACGGGAUUCAGCAAAGCAAACUUCAACGUGCAGAAUGAUUUGGAGAAAGCAGGGGGCAAAGACUUCUACCUCAAAGCCAGAAAGAAUCUGAAGGCCUUUGUUUCAUUAUGGUCCACGACUGGGUUUGGAAAAGGAUGUUUCCUUCUUUUUCCAGCAAUGAAUGGUGAUUCCCUAUUAACAUGUGUUUCAACUCAGAUUUGCCUUUUUUGGGCUUUGUACCUGUGAUACUGAUGGAAGGAAAAGUCUCCUGCAGCACGAUGUUUCCUUGUCAGUAACAGAAAUUGUUAUUGACUACUGAAAUGAUUUUUUUUAUAACCUGUACUACCCAUAAUUUGCAGCAGAACACCUGUGGCAGUGGCAGACAGGCAUGUGUGCAUCUUCCAUGUCCCCUUAAAGAUUCCUGGCUUGUGCUUCACUCCUGGAUCUAGCAAAUACAGAAUGUUGACAUCCUUGA